AUUCCCUUCGGGCAGGGAAUAAGCAGGGUUGGAAUCUCUGCAGGGGCAGGUUCCCAUAACAGGCAUAUAGCAUAUAAAUCAUCCUUGUAUGAAAUACUGAUUUCAGUUGCUAAUAUCUUGUUAUAUUGUUUUUCAUGAUUAUAUGCAUCAAUUGAUGUAUAAUUGAUGAAGGUUGUACCAUGUGUUAUCAACUCAUAGGUUUUAGGUUGUGAGAGCGGUGUCAAUACAUGAUUAUGGAUACUCUGACAUAAAAUUUCUGCAAUCAAGAUGAAGAGUACCAAAGUUUAUUGCUUGUCUAUCACAUAAGGAAUGGUUUUUAAUAUAUAUUAAAUUCAAUCAGAUAAUCGGUUGCCUAACCUAGUUUAAAUCAAAGGAUGACAAGGAUUUAAGAGCACAUCUGAAAGCAAGGGAGUAAAGGAAAGUGCAAAACCAACAUCAGAAAACGCAGUUUGGAUUUAUUACUAUUUUCUGUGUUACAUAUGGCGGAAGUAGCUAAGGACUUGGUUGCUGGAACGGUCGGAGGGGCUGCGCAAUUGAUUGUGGGGCACCCCUUUGAUACCAUAAAGGUCAAGCUUCAAAGCCAGCCUGCACCACUUCCUGGCCAACUUCCCAAGUAUUCUGGUGCAAUGGAUGCGGUUAGACAAACAAUUACUGCAGAAGGCCCAAGGGGCUUAUUCAAAGGGAUGGGAGCUCCACUUGCCACUGUUGCGGCUUUCAAUGCUCUUCUCUUUUCUGCAAGGGGACAAAUGGAGUCACUGUUGAGGUCUCAACCUGGUGCCCCACUCUCACCAAACCAGCAAAUCGUAUGUGGCGCUGGUGCUGGGGUUGCAGUUUCAAUUCUAGCAUGUCCGACUGAAUUGGUGAAGUGCAGGUUGCAAGCCCAAAGUGCCUUAGCUGAAUCUGCCUCUUCUGCUGGGGUAGUAAAAUAUGGAGGUCCGAUGGAUGUGGCAAAACUUGUUCUUAGAUCAGAAGGUGGUCUGAGAGGCCUAUUUAAAGGCUUGGUUCCUACCCUGGCACGUGAAGUCCCUGGAAAUGCUGUAGUAUUUGGUGUCUAUGAAGCCCUGAAGCAGUCCUUUGCUGGGGGAAGAGACACUUCAGGACUCGGAAGGGGCUCUCUGAUCGUUGCCGGAGGCCUCGCUGGAGCAUCCUUCUGGCUCACCGUCUAUCCGACGGAUGUGGUGAAGAGUGUGAUUCAGGUGGAUGACUACCACAAUCCAAGGUAUUCUGGAUCCAUUGAUGCCUUCAAGAAGAUUUUGGCAUCAGAGGGGGUCAGGGGCCUUUAUAAAGGAUUUGGGCCAGCGAUGGCGCGCAGUGUUCCGGCCAAUGCUGCCUGUUUCUUGGUCUAUGAGGUGACAAAAUCUAGUCUAGGCUGAUGUGGUGGGUUGCAUGCUAAAAUUUUCCUCUCCAGUUCAGCUAUUUUCUCCAGAUUUUCUGGCAAAAAUUGUGCUGUUCUUUUUCUGUUUACUUUGCUGAGUUCAUAAAACCAAUCUCUGCCAUCGAAAUACAACAUUCACGAUGAUGCAGAAAACAUGAUUCAUCGGAUAAAUGUUUUCUCCUGUCACAAUAUUUUAAACAAGGGCAAGUUCGCUCGUUCAAUAUAUGCUUCUUUUUUUUCAGUUCA